AUCUGAGCACCCUAAGAUCAUGACCUGAGCUGAAGGCAGAGGCUUAACCCACUGAGCCAGCCAGCCCAAAACAUCAGUUCUUCUUAAAGAAGUCAGGGGCAAACAAUAUCUCUGGUACUGAAGAAGGGAAUAUGUUCACAAAUCAAGAAACUGCGAUCUAUUUUCACAACCGUAAAGGUCAGGCAUCCCUGGCAGUGAACACUUUCAUCAUUCCAGGCCACGCUGACACAGAGCAGUGGAAGGAAAUGCUGCCCAGUAUCUUAAGCCAACUUGAUACAGACAGUUUGACUAAUUUAAGAAGACUGGCUGAAGCUCUGCCCACACAGUCUGUGGAAGCAAAAGCCCCACUUGCUCUUGCAGAGGAUGAUGAUGAUGAAGUUUCAGAUUUCGUGGAGAAUCUUGAUGAAGCUCCCAAGAAUGAAGCAAACUGA